AUGCCACAAUCCAGUUUGGCAACCAACUCUUCAAAAUGAAAAUUUUUGUUGUAUCCUUAUUUGUGCUAUUUGCAAUUUACCAAGCUCAUGCAAGUGGGUUAAUUAGUGAUUUGGCUGAAAAUCAAAUCCCUGAUGCUGAAACUGAAUCAAUUGAUUUAAAUGAACGUGAAAUUGAUGAAGAAUUGGAAAAUGAACUAGCCAAGAGAGGAGUAAUGAAAUGGAUCACCAAACUCUUCAGCAGCAAAAAAGGUAUCAGUAAAGCUCAAUGUGGACUUUGUGCUGUUGCCCCAGCAACCAAAAGAUGCCAAAGAGUCAAAAAAUUGUGCCUGAUGAAACAUAAAAUUAUCAUUCCUUAUAGAAAAGUUUGAACAAUAAUAUAUGUCAAUAAAAUUGAGAUUUGAAUAAAUAUUAUCAAGCAUAUUAAAAAAAAUAGUGUUA